CCGACUGACCAAUCGGAAGGUCGAUGUCAACUGUCGGUGUUUCAGGGCGGCGUUGGGUGGCUCAUUUCUUCAGAGGGGAAAACAGUGUAAUAAUUCAAGAUGCAGUUCAUGCUUCUAUUCAGUCGACAAGGCAAGCUCAGGCUUCAGAAGUGGUACGUGCCUUUGUCUGAUAAGGAGAAAAAGAAAAUCACCAGAGAGUUGGUGCAGACAGUCCUGGCUCGGAAACCCAAAAUGUGCAGCUUUCUGGAGUGGAGAGACCUGAAGAUUGUGUAUAAGAGAUAUGCCAGCUUGUACUUCUGCUGUGCCAUAGAGGACCAGGACAAUGAGCUCAUCACCCUGGAGAUCAUCCACAGAUAUGUGGAGCUGCUGGAUAAAUACUUUGGCAGCGUGUGUGAGCUGGACAUUAUCUUCAACUUUGAGAAGGCCUACUUCAUUCUGGAUGAAUUCUUGCUGGGAGGUGAAGCUCAGGAGACGUCCAAAAAGAAUGUACUGAAGGCCAUCGAGCAGGCCGACCUGCUACAGGAGAGCCAGAGUGAAGACUGGGGAAGUUUGCCAAAUGAGGAGCUCUUGUAAAGGGCCUUGAGUCCAUCCAUGCUACCAUCCAGGCUUUUGGAAGCAGAGACCCCUCGCAGCGUUCUGGAGGAAAUUGGACUGACAUAAACAUUGUCCUCAUCAGCAUCCACUCGCCACACACUCCAUCAUCUGCCAGCUACUGUGCUGUACGUAGCUGAUAACCACUCACAUUCACCUCUGAGCACGCGCACACACACCACACACACACACACACACACCCCGACAUGGUUUUCCUGUUCGCCUGCUGUGGUGGAAAAAAGUUUUGAGACACCCUUAAAAUUUUACACAAUCUCAAAUAUUAUCAGGAAAUAUUUGUGGAAAAAUUAAAUUCUACCAAAUAACCAAAUACUCAAAAUUUCUUAUUUUUAUGGAACCAGUCAAAUUUAAGUUUUUAAUGGCUUUUUUAGGAUUUGUUUAGUAUUAUGGCAGUGAUUGUACUAAAAGAAAUCACACUUUAAGACCUAGGAGUGAUUCUUAAUGCAAUAUACAUGCAAAUGUAUGGGGUGUUCGAAAACGUCUUUCCACCACUGUAUGUUCCACAGUUCUUUUUUCUACUUUUUUAAAAGACAAUGUAGCACUGCUUGUGUAUUUCCUGCUGAGUUAUUCAUUUGUUGACAAACAGAAAUGCAGCAUAAUUAACCCUCCUGUUGUCUUCAUUUAUGGGCAACAAAAAUAUUGUUUCCUUGUCUGAAAAAAAUCCAAAAAUUCCGCAAAAAAAUUCCCCAAAUUUCUGGAAAUUUGCAAAACCUUCUGGAAGAAAAUUCCAAUAAUUCCUUAAAAGUUUCCCUUAAAAAUUUUGUUUUUAAAAAAUCCCUCAAAUUUGACAAGAAAAUAUUUUCAAAAAAUGAGUAAAAAUCUUCCAAAAAAAAAAUCCUACAAAUAUCUAAAGUGACUACAUAUAUAUCAGUAAAACUUCUAAUAUUUUCUUAAGAACAUUCACAAAAAAAUCAACCAAAAUCCAGCGAAAUUCGCUGGAUUUUGGUUGAUUUUUUUUGUGAAUGUUCUUAAGAAACAUUUUUAACAUUUCUUUUUUUCCACCAAAAAAUGUUCAAAGAUUUCCCAAAAAUGUUGAAAAUGUGGACAUCAGAAGUUUCACUGUGAAAAUAUAUAUUGUUUUCCCACAUUUUCAAACUCUAAAACAGGUCAAUUUUGGCCCGCAGGACGACACAAGGGUUAAACUUUAUGUUGCUUUCCAGUCUGCACCCAGAAGCUGUACUGAGUGGAUUUCUGCUUGAUUUUGAUUUGACCAAAGCUGAUGUGAUCACUUUAUUCUGUGAAGCAAAGUUCUAUAUCUCAAAUGUGUCAUUCUAACCUAGAGAAUAGGCUAUAUUAUAUCACAAAGGGAAGUCAAAAGUAUUACAUUAACAGAACCAAAGAGUUGUUUCGUCUCACAUGUGUUUCUUUAACACACUGCAUCGUGGAACUUUUUUGUCAUUUAUUAUGUACCCACUGUACUUACACUGUAAUGCAUCACUGCAGUUUAACUUGACGCUGCAGCGGCUUCAAAACUCUAAAUGUUUUUUAUUUUUUUAAAAUGAGGAUUCUCUCAGUUUACAGGCCAUUACCACUUAUAUAGUCUGACUGUUUGGUCUAUUAGUUUCUAAUGGCAGAUCCCACUCAAUGUUGAAUGCCUUAAUCACUGAUUGAUGUCCAUAUCUGAAAAGAGAGAAUAUAUUAAUAAUGCAUAAGAGAAGCACUUGCAUGCCACUGCGAUGUAGCAGGUAAAUACACUGAUAUGAUUUUAUUUAUGUGCAAGAAUGUUUUUCUUCAUGUUUACUACUGUGAUUCUCUUUUAUUUAUUUUAUGAAAACAUUUCACUUGACAAAAGCUGUAACAAAAAACUGAUGUCACUUGAGGGAAAUAAUCAUUAUGUAAAUACUCAAGCUAGGACACAGGACUAUUUAACUUGAAGCUGAAAUGAUCUAUUUUUGGGCUCAAGGUUGCAGAAUGGCAGGUGUCAAACAUUUUCAUCCUGUCAGAAUCAUGUAGAUAGGAACCGUGGGCAUAGAUUUCAGGGUAUAAAUCCCCAUUGUUCUCCCUGAUAAAGACAUAUCAGAAGCAGAAGACUGUUUAAUUAAUUUGUGUCUUCUUUCACUUAAAUACAUUUUGAGCAUAAAUUGAUGCAGUGAAAUAACAAAUUUAAAAUUCCCCUCAAAUUCAAAUGAAACAUGAUACAAGCUCUUUGUCUUUUUUAGCUUUGUUUGUGGCCUUGUCCACUUGUACACAUAUUUUAUUUAAAACUGUUUUGUUUUUUUUAUGUGUUUUGUCCUUUCAUCCACAUGAAAACACACAUCAAAAGGGAGCUUUUGAAAAACUUCUUUCAGCAUUAGGAUUUUAGAAAUUCUGUUGGCAGUGUUUACAUGCAGGAAGGGACUUUCGGAUGUUUUGGAGUUUGAGCUACUUUGUUUACAAUACAGAUUCUGUACGAUUUUGUUCAGAGGUGCAUGUGGCCAAAUUAUUGCUGGUACUAACCUUGCUAACGUGACUUUUUAAUGUUUACACAUAAUUGUACAGUUGUUCUUCCAAUAUAUGAGGGAACAGAAGCAGUCUACAAAUGUGAUCCUCAAUGCACCGUUGUUGGACCACUUUUUACAGCCUUCUGAUUGGCCACCAUGGCUUUAGGUUUACAGGUAUAGCGCCACAUUGCGCUUGUUCAAUGCUCUUUGCAGGGCUUCAGUUGUGCUUGUUGCAUUUUCAUGUGAACAAAGGUUUUUGUGACAUGUACGAGUGGACUGGGCCUAAAUCUGCCACAAUGCUUAGUUGCAUACAAAGUAGGAAUACUAUAUGGUGUUUCAGGGCUGAUACCAGAACAGAUUAAUAAUAAUCGAGGAGACCAGUAUUUAGAAUGAUAUACAUUUGCAGUAGAAGUCAAAUACCUGGUGUCAAAAUUUUAAAUAAUGCACACUCCAACACAAAACUUUGUUGGAAUGCUUUGUUUUUUACGUUUAAAAUGUUAAAUUAUAACAGAACUUUUCAAUAUUUAGUUUUCAUACUUUAUAGGAUUUUGCCCAUGACGCAUAACCAGUCAAAUAGUGUUCAAGAUCACAGACUGGUAACUGCAGAUAGAGAGGCGAAUACAGCACAUUUUUAACUUAAUUUAUUCUAUUUGGAAUUGAAUUUUUGUUUUAAAGAGAUGUUUGAAAAAAUGCUUAAUAUCGCACAUGGUAAUUGACCUGGCCAGUAAUCAUUUGAUCUUUGUUACAGAGUUCAUCACAGUUUGUUCAUGAAUAUCGCUGUUAGAAAAUGGGAACAGUGAGAGUAGCAACUAUACAGUAAAUUUAUGGCAUUUAAAUCAAAACCAAAAGCUAAAUAAGGCUAAGAUCUACAGAAUGUUGAGUUACUCUCAGUUACUCUCUGCUCAUAUCAAAGCACUGAUUAUUAGAGCUUUAAUCUUACAUUUAUAUGUAAUUUAGUUUGAUUUGAAAAAUUAGAGAUGAAUAAAAUGGGGGGUUUAAACAAUUAAUCCCAGUUUCCCUCUUUUUCUACACUCUAAGAAACAGUAUUAAGUAGCAAAUCUAUGCUAAUCAUGCAGAACAAUGACCAUCUGAGCUUGGGAAUUCCCCCAUUUUCCACACUGUUUACAGAUGUUUUCACUUAUUUUAUCUGUUUUGAUGAAGACUGCUUGAGGGACAUCUCCCUACUGCCAUGUUGUUUCACCUGUUACAGCUCGACCACUUUACGCAACAUUUCAUUCACUAUAAAACUGGUUGAAAACUGCUCUGUCACAGCCGUUUCACUGUCUAUCCCACACUGCUAGUUAUUCAGUGGAAAAUCGCAUAGACUCUCUGGCCUGUGAAGCCACCUGUGACACACUGUACAGCAUGUAAACUACCUAUUCACUACUGUGACUGGAAAAAAAAGUGACCAUAAAAUAAAAAUAGCAAUAGUGUCAUGAACCCUUGAAGAGUAUUAAGAUUUUUUUAAUGUCCCAAAACGGUCAUUUACAGCCACUAAGGUGAAAAAAAACUUUCCACUUAUAUACACAUUAAAUGCCUUGGACACAGGACUGUACAAAUAGAUAAACUCACAUUAAAUCUGUAUUUUAUGUUUUCUUGCACUGUAUGUUUGAAUGAUAUUCACAUUUUCCAUUUUGCAACUUCUUCUAUAUAUCAUAACCGUUUUACAUGUUGAAGUAUUUAAAUCUUUUCUAUAACUUCAGAUGAGCAUUUUCAUGUAUACUUGACUGUGUAUAGUUUACUCUAUCUCAACAGGUGUGACUGAUAGAAUCUAUUCUAUACUGUGUAUUUAGUGAAUUAUACAGUAGCUACAGCAUGAGUGCAGCAGAACCUGUGUAUUACAUUACUGGAUUUGUGUUUACUGUUAUCAGCAUCUGCAAUGGACGUAAGAGGAAGGUCGUGUUUUCUUGUUGAGUUCAGCAAUAAAGAGCACUCCAGGGGCAGAGAGACUGUCACCAACA